CUCUACAGAUUAAAGCUGCCUUACUUAACACUGUCACAACUGCCACACCUUGUUACGAACAAACCUGCCAAGUACUGUUCAGAAAGUGUACUGUAACUGUUACAGUUCUAUUUAGGGCAGUUUCCUAAUUUCUGAACAGAUUUCUGACUCUUGAUUGCAAUCUAAGUCUUUAUGAGUUACAGCAUGAAUCUGUUGGUGUCUCUUGCAGUUUUCUGUACUGCAGCACAUGUCAGCUGUGGGCAGUCUACUCAAGAGGUGAGUGCUCGGUGUGACUACAGCAGGGGUGGGCAGGCUGCCUACACAUUCGUGCUGCCACCUUCCAGUGUCCACAACUGUGGCUCUGGCUCUGACCAGGAGGGAGUGAGUCAACUCAGGGACAUGGUACAACAACUGCAGACUAACGCACAACAACAGGAAACCAAGGUACAACAACUGGAGACCAAAGCACAACAACUGGAGACCAAAGCACAACAGCAGGAAACAGAGGUGCAACGGCUACUGACAAAAGUACAAGUACUUGAGACUAAGAGUUUGGAGGACAAGUGCGCUGAAGGACACAAGUUUCCAGGUGUGCCUUCCUGCUAUCACCUGUGGAAGCUGGGAUGUCGACAGUCCGGCUCCUACGUGGUGUCCUCAAAUGUAUCAGAUGUGUACUGUGACUUCAAGAAUUUAACCUUGCCACCAGGUGAAAUGCCCAGAAGCUGUUCGACCCUGUAUGAGCGAGGUAUGGUCUCAGGGGAUUACAUGAUAGACCCGGAUGGGCCUGAGGCUGGGGUGGAACCAUUCUCUGUCUACUGUGACAUGGACUACGUGCCUGGCAAAGGCGAGACUGUGAUCAGCCAUGACAGUGAGGCACGUACCCCUGUGACGAGUCAUAGUGCACCUGGUUCCUACAUGCGUGAUGUCACCUACCACGCUUCCUUGGACCAGAUCAGAGCUCUGAUCUACAUCUCUGAGUCGUGCAGGCAGUUUAUCAAGUAUGAGUGCUUCCAGUCUUUGAUGAACGAUGCUAAUACUGACUACGCCUGGUGGGUGACCUGGGAUGGCAGGAAGGCAGACUACUGGGGAGGGGCUACCCCUGGCAGUGGCAUGUGUGCAUGUGGUGUAGAAGGCACCUGUGACAAAGGACAAACCAAGUGUAACUGUGACAAUAAUGACACGGCCUGGCGAGGAGAUGAAGGAUUCUUGACCCACAAGCCAGACCUGCCCGUCACUCAACUCAGGUUUGGAGACACUGCUAGCCCCUUUCAUUUGGGUUUUCAUCGUCUGGGAAAACUCAGGUGUUCUUAAGAUUUUACCAACACUUUAGUUAAGGUACCAUAGUCCAUAAUAUGCAUUUAAUUACUUCAAUGGUAAGUCAGGUAACUAAUAGUAAUGGCAAUGGUAGUUAAAAUCUGGGUGGCACAGUGCAGAUUCUAAAUUUCAACUAGGCUAGCAGUAAUUAAAUACUUGGUGGUCCAGCAUAUAAAAAAGGUACAGACUGUACUAUGCAAAAUCCAGAUUUUUCACUGUUUCCCUUACUAUAGAUGUUUCAAUUUUGCAUCAGAAUUUUGCCUGUUGAAACAUUUGAAAACUUAUACUUAGUGAAUAGGGUUAUCAGUCUUUAGGUUUGGGGUAUGAUUUUCAUUUAAUAACCUGUACCGUGUUCUCACCAGGAUUUUUUCACAGCAUAGGGGUCAGGUACAAAAGGACAACUUUCACGGUGCACUCACAAUCCCCUGAGACACUGUUUCUCGCUAAUCAAGGGCCAGAUUUGGUGAAGUUAAGGUUUUCCCUUUGCUAUAGUUUCAUUCUGUUAUAUUUUCAUUUUUUGCAAGAUUUGUGAAGGUUC